AUGUCUGAUGGGUGGACUAGUAGAACCAAUAGGACCUUGAUUAACUUUUUGGUGAAUUGCCCAUCUGGAACCAUGUUUGUGAAGUCAAUUGAUGCAUCAUCUUUUAUGAAAAUUGGGGAAAAAACUUUUGAAUUACUUGAUGCAUUUGUAGAACAGAUUAGGGAGGCUAAUGUAGUCCAAGUAGUAUCAUAUAAUGGAUCUAAUUAUGUGUUGGCUGGGAAGUUGUUGGAAGCAAAAAGGCCAAAUUUGUAUUGGACUCCAUGUGCUGCACACUGCAUUGUCCUUAUAUUAGAGGACAUUGGGAAAAUUCCUAGAAUUACAAAAACUUUGGAAAGGGCCAUUCAAUUGACUGGAUAUAUCUACAACCAUGGAGGUGUCUUAAAUAUGAUGAGAGAAUACACAAAACAAAGAGAGCUCGUUAGGGCUGGAAAAACUAGGUUUUGCACUUCAUAUCUUACAAUAAAAUCCAUUUAUAAGCAAAAGCAUAACCUAAGGGCCAUGUUUACUUCUGAGGAGUGGGUUCGUAGUAGAUGGACAAAGGAAGCAAAUGCUAAACGAGUAGUAGAAAAAAUUUUGAUGCCUUCUUUUUGGAAUACUAUAGUUUACAUUCUUAAAGUUAUGGGCCCUCUUGUUCAGGUUCUUCGCCUUGUUGAUAAUGAGAGAAAACCAGCCAUGUGUUACAUAUAUGAGGCAAUGGAUAGGGCCAAAGAAGCUAUUAUAAAAGCUUUUAAUGAGAAUGAAGAAAGACUAGUUCCUAGUGUUGAAAUUCAGAACAAGAUCAUGGCUGAGCUACCCAUCUAUAAGAAAGCUGAAGGACUCUUUGGGAUUGAAUUAGCUAAAAGAUCAAGAAAGACAAGGGCUCCAGCUGAAUGGUGGAGUUUGUAUGGGAGCUCAACUCCGAAUUUGCAACAGUUAGCUAUUAGAAUCUUGAACUUGACUUGUAGUGCAUGUGGCUGUGAGCGCAAUUGGAGUGUGUUUAAGCAGAUUCACACAAAAAGAAGGAAUAGACUUGCACAAAAACGACUAAAUGAUUUGAUCUUUGUGAAGUAUAAUCAAAAGAUGAAGGCACGAUAUGAUAAGCGUGAUGUUAUUGAUCCCAUCUCCUUAGGUGAUAUAGAUGAAAGUAAUGAAUGGUUGUUGGGGGAAAUGGGUGUUGAACCAUCUAUGAAUGUUGAAGAUGAGUUGGUUUUUGAUGAUGAUGAUGAUGAUGGUUUGACAUGGGGUGUAGUGGCAAGAGCUUCUGGUGAUGGAGAACCAAGGAAGAAUACUAGAUUCCAAACAAAACCAAGGGCAAGCUCAAAGGCCUCAACAUCACAACCAAAUAUUGAAGAGGAAGAUGUUGAUUCUGAUGAGACCGAGGAAGAGAAUGAUGAUGGUUAUAAAUCUAGUUCAAGUGGCUUUGAAAGUGAUGGAAACUUGAGUGAAGACUCUGAUGAUGACCUUUAG